ACGGCGGAAAAAUCGCGGUGUCGAAUGGCUGUCAUCGCUUUUUAUGACAGAUGUUAUGCACGAUAAAUUUGCUUUGUUAAUUUUAAUGAAUAAUAUUAUCGCGAGUUAAAAAAAAGAUAAAUAAAGUAUUACAAGAAUUACUUGUUAAGAAUCGAGUAAUACAAUUGAAGUGAUUACUUUCCGUCAAAUGACUAACGAUCGAAGAAGUAUAAUAAAUCCGAAAAUAUUUUGAAGUCAAGAUUUCGGAGCCAGCUGUCUUUCACCAUCACAACGGACCGCGAAUACGAAACAUCCGGGCUUCAAGGUAUUUGAUAGUGUAGUGGUGGUUGAAUAAUAAUAUUUAAACAACUCGUGAUAAAGGUCGAUUGUUAGUGAAAAAUGGCAAAGACCUAUGAUUAUUUAUUUAAAUUACUACUUAUCGGAGAUUCGGGCGUCGGCAAAACCUGUGUAUUAUUCAGAUUUUCUGAAGAUGCUUUCAAUACGACCUUCAUCUCUACUAUUGGAAUUGAUUUUAAAAUUCGUACAAUUGAGUUAGACGGCAAGAAAAUUAAAUUGCAAAUAUGGGAUACUGCUGGACAAGAAAGGUUUCGUACAAUAACAACGGCAUAUUAUCGUGGUGCUAUGGGAAUAAUGUUAGUGUAUGACGUUACAAAUGAAAAAAGCUUUGAAAAUAUUAAGAAUUGGAUCCGUAAUAUAGAAGAAAAUGCAUCCGCUGAGGUAGAAAAGAUGUUAUUAGGCAAUAAGUGUGAACUUACAGACAAGAGACAAGUAUCUAAGGAACGAGGUGAACAACUUGCAGUUGAAUAUGGUAUUAAAUUUAUGGAAACCUCUGCGAAAUCCAGUAUCAACGUUGAAGAAGCAUUUUAUACUUUAGCGCGCGAUAUUAAAGCUAAAAUGGAAAAGAAAUUGAAGGAAGCAUCAAAUCCACCCAAAGGUGGUGGUCACCAGUUGAAAGCAUCAGAACCACAAAGGAAACCGCCAAGUUGGUUAGCUCGCUGUUCUAUACUCUGACCCCUUAAAUAUUUCCGACCUUUGAAUGAGGCCAACUUGUCUAUUAUUAUUAAUUACUUACAUACAUUUCCUCGAACAAAUUUAACGUUCUACGAGGCUUCAUAUGGUCCAUCAAUUGAGCUCUGUGACUUACACCUUGACAAUGGACAUUGACUGUGUUUUUAUAAUCAUUAAAUUUAAAUAAUUUCUUACUGAGAAAAAAUCAUUAGAGGAGAAAUUGUCUAAACUAUUUAAGUUGGUUCUUUUUCGUGUCAUUAUUAUAAUUACGUAUAUAUAUAUAUUUUUUUUUUGUUCUUCUUUUUGUUUUUAUUUUUUAAUAAAGAAAAAAAAAUAGAAAGACAUGUAAUCUGUAUUUGAGAAAUGGAAAUAUUUUGUAAACUGCAGUUUUAUAUCAUCUUUCAUUAUUAAAUCUUAUUGAUAAGUAAUCUUUUUGAGAAAUAACAAUAUUGUUGUGAAAAUUGUGAUAUUUACAGCGAAGACGUUGGCACGCAAAGUAACAAGUUUCAUCUUAUUUAAAAAAAGAACAAAAAAGCACAUUUUUUCAUUGCACUUCUGUGAUUGUUUCUCCUCUGGUGUUGUUAUGUAAAGAAGGGAAUACUAUGAAAUCAAUAUUAAAGAACCAAUACUAAAUGUGAAAUACAAGUAUAAAAUUACUUCGCUUUAAUAUUAGGGGAAAUAUCAUUUUUUAUAAGACGCACUAAAAAUGCAUUCUUUUAUUACGUCAAAUAAUUUUCUGUUCCUGUUAUUUAAAUAAAAAAUAAAAAAAUAAAAAAAAGAG